CGAAAAUGCCGCAAUGAAGCAAUAACAUAAAGUGCAUGCCGUCCACUCGGCAGAGGCUCCUGUAGUAGAAGUGGUACUGUCCAAACGAUGAAGUCAGUCCGAGAGACGAAGACGCUGUUCUCACUGGUGCCCAAGAACAACUCUGCACAUAUUCUGCCUUUAAUUUCCUUGCGAAUUUCCACCGACCAGCCAUUUGGUGUUUCACGAUAGAAGAUUUGUUCUCCCCGCCCUAGUUUACUGAUUUCCACCCCUUCAAUCCCCAUCACGUUCACGACCAAAAGAAAGUGACAGUAGUCACUGGACUUCACCAUCUCGACCGAGUUUUUUUGUCACAACAAGCAUCUUCAAAAGUUGUAUGUUUCAACAACAAGAAAUAAAUCCUCUAUAGUACCUGCUGUGUUUCCUGUGAAGUGGCUGCUUCAGCAAGAAGUACCACCGAUAAAAAUAACGUCGCGCAUUCUGUCAAACACACCUAUUUUUUUCGAAGACGUCCACGUUCUAUUUGUAUGAUACGAUAAAAACCAAAACUCUCUGUCCAUAGUAGAUCGGUACAAAAAAGAUACACUCGGAAGUGUAGCAGGCUCGUAGUACGAGUUUGGAACGAAGCAAGUGGAAGAUCUUGUGACCAAUAAAGCACCACUUGUGUAAGUAUCCUUUUGGCACGACUCGUUGCUGCAAACUCAGCAUAACAAGAUGGGCGGAAAUCGUCGUGUAUGCAAUGCAAAAGCAUCGUACUAGUAUAAAUCGCAUGACAAAUUCCCUCAGCAUGAAAAAUGGAAUUUGUAAUGCGGAUUUCGGCUAAGAGGGAGAUUUGUAAUGCAUGAUUGCGAUUACUGCGAGUACGAUACUUUUGCACAGGAUAUCGGGUGCUUAUCGUUGGAGGUGGUUUCUCCGGAAUUCUCGCCGCGAAAGAUCUCAAGUGGUAUCCUCAGUAAAAACGUCCCCACCCCACAGUCGAGAUGGGAUAUCUGCUAGACAAAUCCCCAACUUUUGGGAGUUGUGCAUGACAGGUUUCCAUCUGCAGUGUAGUGCUGGUCAGCAACGACAGCCGCAUCAGAGACAUGCCUGCUUAUGCGGUUUACAGCAUUACAAAUCCCAGAUCACGGCUACAAAUUCCUGCUCUCAUCAUGCGGAUGCGCAUUACAGGUGUUCCUGUAGAUGCAAAUCUGCAUGACAACUAUAGGGUGGAGACGCUUUUGCUCAGGAUAAGUGGGCUUUCGACGUAACCAUCGUCGAUGCCAAGGACUUCUUCGAAUACACACCCGGUACUAAGAGUGGUUGUUUGUCAUGCUGAACUCCCUUUAGACACGUCCACGUGCUUUAUCAUGCGUGCUUUAACUAUACAAAAUCAACAAAAAUGAUCCUCUCGAAACAUAAAUAAAUCGAAGGUAUCCUGCGGGCGUUCGUGAAGCCCUCCCACUUCGAUGCCCUCUCCUUUUCGCUGCAGGGUGUCAUCGAGAAAAAGGUGGGCGUGAAGUUCAUCUGGGGUGAGGUAAAGGGCAUCGAUGGCGACAAGUGCACGGCCAUGAUCAAGCCGAGAUGGAAGGAUAUGCAAAGAAACAAGUCUUACAGUUUAUUCACACCUGUUGUCAUGUUGUCCACUUAGCAACACAAAUACAAAUUCGCUCCUCACGCAAAAAAAGAGAGAAAAUUUGUAAUGCAGAGAUGAGAAGAGUAGAAAGAACACGUUUGAAAAAAGGCUCCUAAUCCUAUGCCUGCCUGGCAUGACAGAGCUUGUUUGUUUUGCUUGGCCUGCAACACAAUGUGUAUACUGUGAAACUUUUUUCUUUGCAUAAAGAAGACGCCGGAAGAACUGGCAUUCGACUACUGCAUCAUCUGCUCCGGAUGUAUUUUUUUUUUGGAUGAAGAGUUUGUGAUGCAUAAUCCGCAUCAUGAGCAUUUUGAUUUUCGCACUCUGCUCCUAUUUCUCAUGCAAAAACAGCGAGACUAGGACUACAUUUGUGAUGCAAGGAACAAAACAAUUCCAACGACAUCUCAGGCAACUUCAACUUUCUGCACAAGUGGGGUGAGUCGCUGUGGUUCCCGACCAUCUACGAGGAGGCCCGGCCGCACUCCAACUGGAAGCACUUGGACGAGCGCACCAUCGAGGGUCGCCGCCGCCACAUCUGGGAGGAGUACAACAAAAUCAAGGGCUUGGCGGAAAAAAACGCGAAGAUCCUCGUCUGCGGUGCGGGAUUCAUCGGAGUCGAGUGGGCCACAGAGCUGCAGUACUUCUUCCCCUCAUAUGAACUGCAAAAGCAUCGUACUCGUAUGAAUGCAUUACAAAUUUCCUCAGCAUGAGAAAUGAAAUUUGUAAUGGUGAUUUACCUCUAAGAAAAAUAUUUGUAAUGCAUGAUUGCAAUACGAGUACGAUGCUUUUGCACUGGAUACCUCACUGCAACUGACGAUCAUCGAUUUCUUGCCAAACUGCCUCGGACCCCUCCCCGUGGAUGCACAGAAGUAUCGAAUGAUGGUUCUUCUUCUUUCAUGUUUUGUUCACUCUAAAUGAUUUUACUUGUGUUGCAGGAACAAAGACGAUGCUGAUGCGUUUGCGUGCUUGUGAUACAUAAAACUGAAUUAACUCAAAACCCAGCUACUGCGACAAGUACAUGAGAAGUAAGGGUAUCAACACGGUCUACGGCGUCAAGUACGAGCCGAACUCACCCGAGUUUUGGAAAAAAAUCGGCCUCCCCAACGGCGCAGACGAGACCUACAUCUGCAUGGGCGUGAAGGCGAGCAACUACUUCAUGCCAAAGGAAACGUUGUCGGAUAAGGGUAUAAUAGAAAGAGUUUUUUUAUUUUCUGCAACUGGUCAAUCUCAAUAGAAUUUCAAUUUGUCUUGCGAAAAAUUGGAUGAUGCAUGCAUAUUUUUGGAUCCACCAUAAUUUGAUUCUCACCCUACGACUGAGGAUGUCUUUUGACGGAUCAUAUAUUUCGAUCGGAAAUAACAAAUCAAGGUCCGGGCGGCGGCGGCUGGAUUUUGGUGAACAAGAAGCUGCAGGUUACCACGAAGGACGGCAAGCCGUGGGGCAAGGGGACGGUGUUCGCGGUAUGCAUUGCAAAAGCAUCGCACUCGUCGUAUAAAUGCAUUACAAAUUUCCUCAGCAUGAGAGAUAAAAUUUGUAAUGCGGAUUUACCUUUAAGAAAAAGAUUUGUAAUGCAAGACUUGCAUUUAAUAUACGAGUGCGAUACUUUUGCACAGGAUACGCGGUGGGCGACUGCAACUUCGGCUGCGUCGGCGGGCCAAACGACUGGGUGCCGGGUGGCAAGGGUAGAUGGUUUUGUUGCUGCUUUUUUGCAUCACAAAUUGAUCAUCUCGAUGAAAAAAUUUGUCAUGCUCAAAGCGAACAAAGCCUAUUAGAUUACGCGGCACGACUUUGUCAUGCACAAACACAACGCCAACAUUGACAACGUUCACAACCAGGUAUCCCGCCAAUUCCGAAGAUCUCCUAUCCGGGCGAGGAACAGGCACACCAUGCUGCCGUGAAUGUCAAGUCUCUGGACUACCAGGCCCACGGCGACCCGGGCGGUACUAGAAAAAUUUGUGAUGCGUAAAUUCGAAUGACUGUGACUGUUCUUUGUCAUGUAAUUUAUUAUCCCUUUCCAUCAAUUCAAUCCAAACGCAAACACUGGUCUACAGGUCUGUUCUCCCUGUGCGUCCCGUCUAAGAUGAUGGACACGUGGUGGCCGUGGGGUGCCGGUUAUGCAGUGCAAAAGUAUCGUACUCGUAUUGCAAUCAUGCAUUACAAAUAUUUUUCUUGAGGUAAAUCAGCAUUACAAAUUUUAUUUCUCAUGCUGAGGAAAUUUGUCAUGCAUUUAUACGAGUACGAUACUUUUGCAAUUCAUACCGGUAUGUUCGCCACCUCCCUGGGGCCGAAGGACGCCUGCUUCGUGCUCGGCGCCAACAGCACCCCCGGGUCCUAUCAAAAGGAAAAAUACCCCCUCCCCAUAUCAAAACGAAAUUUCUGAUGCUGGAUUUGAGUACACAAAUCAGCUUUGUAUUGCAGGAAAGCAUUGCAGUCAGGCCCCCAGGCUAGGUAGGGGCGUAUGCGUCUAGUUGUUCAGCAUGGCAAGCGGCUCCCCUUUAGGCCCAACAGCAUGACAAAGCGCUUCCAUAAUAUGGCGAAAGCUUCUGCAUCUGCCCUUGUCUUCUUGCAAGACAGACGCGAUUUGUGGUCUCAAAUCAGCAAGACAAAUUUUCGGAAACAAACCUUUUCGAUAUGGGGAGGGGGGAUUUUUCCUCUCAAUAGGUCCGGAAUGCUGUUUCUGUGGGGCUGGACGAGUGUCAUCCUGAAGGAGUUUUUGGAAGCUUCGAUCGUCGACGCGAAGAAGGGCGGGCUCGUGUGCCAACUGAUCUGGUACUUUGUCCACCACACCCCGAUCCACUUGUGGGGUGACGGCGCGUGCUGGAAGUAA